AUGGACGCCCCCGAUAGAGUUAAAGUUAUUACUGAAUACAACGUAAUGUACAAUAGCAUAUAUUUUUGGCUUGUGCGAGCGGUCGGUUUCUGCAGGAUUAAAGUUUUCAAGGCGCAGGUCGUGGAUACGUCCACAUCUAACAAGGUCUACGGUUGCGUACUCAUUUUUGCUGGAUUAAUUGCGUCCAUAAGUAUAUUGUACACAGGGGUCAUAGUUGAACAAGUGUUCACAGUGGCAGAAGGUCUAAUAUGUGCCCAGAUCACAAUAGUGUUCGUAUCCAUACUAGCAGACAUAACGUUUUUCAAGGAUUCCAAAGAUUUCGUGAACGGAUUUGUCGAUAUAGAUGUAGUAUUGGGGGUAGAUGCGACAAAGUUCAUGAGGGAGCCGCUAAAGAAAAUCCAUUACAUCGUCAUAAUGAGCGUUAUUGUUUUCGAGAUUGUUUUUGUGGUAUUAUUUUACUUUGUAUUCGAUUUAAACGUCGAAAACCACAUAGCCACAUCUAUUUUCUUCACCCUGGCGUUGUCAAUGAUAUUCGAUGCCAACUAUGCGUACGUUUCUUAUUCUUUUUUAAACAUGCGCUUGAAAUAUUUGAACCUAUCGAUUAUGAAGUAUUCAAAUAUGAAUCCGGAAUAUAUGCCCGACGUGUUUCUCAUCGAUGGCAUCUUCUGGAUGAGGAGAUACAAUGACCUCGUGACGUUUCACAAUAGAGCACGUAUCGGAGACUACCUCGAUGGUUUCAAGCUGGUUUUUAAUCAAAUACGCCGCUUGGAGCGCUGCUACAGGCUUCUGGUGUUCCUGUCAAUCGUAUCUGUUCUUAUUGGUUCCGUGUCGGUGAUGCAAGCUGUCAUUCUGCAGAAUACGAAGGAAAUCAACAUGAUCCGCAAGAUCAUCGUGUCAGUAUGGUUUGUUACGCCGCUGCUUCUGCUGACGGUGUUCAGUUUACUAUACGAUGGGUUGCUACGUUUGCUGGAGCAGACGAAAAUUAUCUGCACUUACGCGCAAUUGAAACCUACCAAUUCUGAUGCCGUCUUCAAGCUGACGAAACGUAUCUACGAGAUUCUGCAGAACCAAGAGCCGCGCAUGUCUGUCUACAAUAUGUUUCUAUUCGAUACGGGCUUCAUGCUUAAACUAGCCGCUUCGAUCCUGGUCUACAUAACAGUCCAAGUUCAAUACACGCUGUACAAACGUAAAUACGACGUAGCCACCACAUAACUCUUUCUAAUGCUUAUCUUUGUUC